CCUGCGCGCCGUUUCCAUACUUACUCUCUAGGCCCCGAUCUGCGCCUGCGCGGUGCCCGCCGAGGCGCGCGGAGAGCCGCGAAGCGCAUGCGCCGUGUGGGGCCUGCCGCUUUGGUGUCGCUGCCGUGGCUGCUGUAGCUGUUACCGCCUCCCUGCUGGCAAGUGUGUGAAGGAGGAGCCGAGGGUCGCCUCUGGCGCCAUGGGGAGAAAGUCAAGCAAAGCAAAGGAGAAGAAGCAGAAACGCUUGGAGGAACGGGCAGCCAUGGAUGCCGUCUGUGCCAAAGUGGAUGCUGCCAACAGGCUUGGAGACCCUCUGGAGGCUUUCCCAGUAUUCAAGAAAUAUGACCGAAAUGGGUUGAAUGUCUCCAUUGAAUGUAAGCGAGUGUCGGGACUGGAGCCAGCCACUGUGGACUGGGCAUUUGACCUGACCAAAACGAAUAUGCAAAGCAUGUAUGAGCAAAGUGAGUGGGGCUGGAAGGACCGAGAGAAACGGGAGGAAAUGACAGAUGAUCGAGCUUGGUACCUUAUCGCUUGGGAAAGCAGUUCUGUCCCUGUUGCCUUUUCUCACUUCCGGUUUGAUGUGGAGUGCGGGGAUGAAGUCCUCUACUGCUAUGAAGUGCAGUUGGAAAGCAAAGUGCGGCGGAAAGGCCUGGGGAAGUUCCUCAUACAGAUCCUGCAGCUCAUGGCCAACAGCACACAGAUGAAGAAAGUGAUGUUAACCGUGUUUAAACACAAUCAUGGCGCCUAUCAGUUCUUUCGAGAAGCGUUGCAAUUCGAAAUUGAUGAUUCCUCCCCCAGCAUGUCUGGCUGCUGUGGGGAGGACUGUUCCUAUGAGAUCCUGAGCCGGAAGACCAAGUUUGGGGACAGCCAGCACACUCACAUGGGUGGGCACUGUGGCAGCUGCUGUCACUGAACUCUCAGAAACAUUUACAAAUCAGAACUCUCUCCUAAGGCCUGUCCUGCACCCUGGUCUCACACUACCUGCAGGUGCUCUCAGAGCUGUGGUCUCCUCAGCUUUGCAUGUUCCAAGUAGCAUCCUGAGAGCUCUGAACCUGGAGAGGUGCGGUCUACACCACCCCUGCCCCUCUCUCCUAGAGGACAGUGCCAGGAAUGAGUGCAGAGUAGGACGUGCUGCAGGAAGAAUCGGAGCUCCUCCUUAUCCUUACAGCAGCUGUUGCCUCACUGGGCUGUCAGGCCUCCACGUGAAGGGUCCUCAGACUCUGUGCAGCUGGAUUCCAGACAGGCUUCCCCCAUCCUUGCCUUGGACAAACAGAAUGUUUAUAGCCACCUUUGUCAGAGUCCUGGAGUCCUGAUCUGGGGUCUGUGGGUCCCCAAAUAGGAGAGGACUCCUAAGAUCUGGGCACGGACCAAGGUUUUGGAGAAACUCAGCUCUUGCAGAUGGAGCACUGUCCUGGAGACCAUGCAGGCCUUUAUGGCAGAGUACAGAGAAGCUCUUUCUGGCUGAGUUUUUAUGGCUCCAUAGUGUGGAGUUGUCUCAGGGCACUCACCAGCUCUGGGGGGAAGGCUGCCUUUCUCCAGCGCUAUCAGUAGGAAGGGCUGAGAGGACCAGGGACAGGUGUGCCCAGGGGCCCACUGUGGGGACAACGGCUUCUCUGGGCAUUCUCGCUCUCAGCUGAGCCUCCAGAUCUCAUGGGAGUAAAGAAGAGAACCUGAGGUUCUGUUCCUCUCCAUUGCUCCCACACUCUUCCUCCCCAGCCUUUUGCUUCCACCCCAGAUACCUCUGUUCUUAAUCUUACCGGGGAGUAACAUCAGGGAAUCCCAUUAUUCCUGUACAGUUAAUGCCAUUUCCUGUCAACCCUUGGUGCUGAUAGUUCUCUGAAGGUGGGGCGACCCUCCUACCACCGUGCCUCUUCAGAGUGCCCCCAGCCAGCAGCAGGCCCCUUUGCCUGCACUCCCCAGCCUUGCCCCUUGUGGCCUCAGUGAGGCAUUGGUGCCACUAUCCUGGCCCAUUUGGGGCACAGCUCAGGCUGCAUCAGUAAUGCCUGUCACGGGGCUGGGGAUUUAGCUCAGCGGCAUAAGUGCCUGCCUUGCAAGCAGGCAGUCGUGAGUUCGAUCUCUGGUACCGGUAAAAAGGAAAAAGACAAAAAAAAAAAAAAAAAAAAAAAAAGAUACUGUGGCACAGGAAUGCCUGUCAGUGUGUGGACAGCUGCUUUGCUCUCUUUGGUGUCACCCUGUGACAGCAGGCUAGAACAGAGGGAGAUGAGUGAAGAGGUCUCUGAACUUACUCUCCUCCUGAUCUCUAGGCCUUGUUCCUCUUUCACGAGGGAAAAACUUACACCCUUACCUAGGAGAAAGCACCCACACUUGCCCUUGGACCUCCCCGAGCUCUGCUUUAGGGGCGUUGCAAAGAUUCAAGUCUUUGUGUAGUUGCUCUCAUGGGGUCUGUGCCCCGACCUCUGAGCCUGCUCACCCCCACCCUCUGGCCCGAUUCAGAUGAUUCUGGCAAAGCUCCCCAGAGUAGUCUGUGUGUCUCACCUGGAUUUCCUGCCUGGCCCCCCCCUGAGCACCCUGCUUGGGUCCACCAGCCGUGGGGCUGGGCACUUCUUGGAGAGCACCGUGCAGCUUUACACUGGAAUAAGUUUACCCUCACCUCACCUGCUGGCUCCAGGGUUCUCACCCUCAAGUUGGAGUUAUCGGGAACAGACUGGGAGCUCCUUCCAAGAAUCAUGAAGCAACAGAUGCAUGUUCAGAAGAGCUUUUCCUUUAAUCCCUGUCUCCACCUGAAAAUGAUAAAUAUUUAUUGUCUUAAAUCAUAGAUUUUUGGUACCUCCCAUUCAAGGGGACCAAAAAGAACCCCCUGUGUAAAUCCCAUGUAAGGUGAGUUCAGUGUACAUUUCCUCCUCCCAAUUGUUGGACCCCUGGCACCAAGCCCAUUGGUAGAUGGUACUGGGUGCCAUGCCUCACACCCCAGCCUUUGCGGUGGCCUCCCCGCAGGACUCUUCAGGUCACAGCCAAGUAGGGGAGUACUGAUGCAGACAGCCACUCACUGGUGGCUGUUGAGCCUAUUAGUGCGUCAAGCAUCAGUUUUCCUCCUCCUCCUCUUCCUCCUCUGGGUCUUGGUUUUGAGAAACAGACUUUUUGUACCAGGCUUUUUUGUUACUGUGUUUGUUUAGAGCACGUUCAAAAAUAAUUUUUAAACACUUUUCCCCUAAUUGCAUCUGUCUAAUUUCAGGUAUUUUGUUGGUGUCAGGUGUGCAUAUGACUGGCUGGGAGUUGUGGCACACGUCUGUAAUUUCAGCCUUUGGGGAGCUGAGGAAAAUUGCUAUGAGUUUGAGGCCAGCCUGGGCUACAUCUUGAGACCCUGUCUCAAAAAAUUGGAAAAAAAAAAAGUGUGUACACGACACACAUGGUUCUUUCUAACCACCACCAUCCCCUUUUAAGAGAAAUUCUACAAGAUAAAUUUCUUGAUACACAUAUAUUUUUUUUCUUUAACCACUGAUUGUCAUUGUACUCAAAAGGAAAAGGCGAUUGUUUUUUGCAUCAGUUGUAUGUCACAAAUAAAAAGCACUGUGUUGA